AUGGCGUCACGUUUCUGUUAUACCACGUUAAUGGUCGUAUUGUGUAUUAGGGUUCUUGCGGCUCACUCUCCAACUGUGGCUAUAGACAAAGGUUUAGUGUUAUCGUCUGUGUAUGACGCUAUUAAAGAAAAUGGCAUUGACCAUACUAGCAGUCUUGUUUCUGAUAGUGAUGAUACGCGAAAUAAACGAAACGUGCGUUAUUACACCUAUGAUGAUCCUCAAGCCGAUGAUCUGUUUCCAGCCUACGGUGAAAUUGUGCAUCCUGCUGCAUCUGCUGGAGGAGUAUCGACAAAGAACUGCAAACCGGAACCGCCACCCUCAGUGCAAUCCAUAAGUAUUUCCGACCACAGCUGGAGCAGUAUCGGAUCAUCCAUUAUUCAAUUGCUGAAGUAUCUGAUCGCGGGAUUGGCCGUGCUGACGCUCCCCGUUCUGUUGCUGCAGGCAUUUAUUUUACCGUUGAAAAUUCUAAUGGGAUUAAAAUCGGUGGCCGUGGCUAAUACGCUCGUUCUGGGGACUUUCCUUUGGAAGUAUCUCAAUCGGGAUCGAUCGACGGGAGAAGAUGACGAUGAGGAUGGUGACGAGCAGUCGGGUUCCGGUACUGGAGUGGCGGAUGCCGGUGGGAACGGUCCGACCAACGGUAACGAUAAUCGGUUCUUCCCCUUUCGCGCGGAAGAUUUCGAAAACAUGACCGAAGAAGAGAUUAAAACGGCGCUGAAAUUGUUGCUCAAACGAAAUAAACGUUGGUAA